AGCAAGUAAUGUAGAAGAACUCAGGAUGAUAGCACGGCGAGUGAAGCAGGUUUGUCCGUGUGAAUGAGACGGGUAGAUUAAGACACUCUGAUUGAGACAAAACCCAAAAGGACAAAGACACAAAAGAAGACAUCUACAACAAGAUUCAUCACGCGCACACAGCGGCCAGAUGCCCAUUUUUAAGAUGUGUGAACCCAAACAGGAUGAGCCGCGUGACCUCGAGGGCCAGCGAUUGACCCCUGAGGACGACCGGUCCCCUGGCAGCCCCCUAAACGCCGAUGCGUGCACCCCGCCACCCGCCGAUGUCACCCCGCUGGAUGAGAUCCUACCAACGCCUCCAUCCUCCAAAGAGGGAGAAGAAACAGAGGGCGGCGCGAACGAGGAAGAUGAAGAGAGGAAGACUUGUGAAGAUGAUAAACAAGCUUUCAUCAACAACGAAAACGCUGUCCCUCCGUCGUCUUCCUCGUCCUUCAUCAUUCCCGAGCUGCGUCUGGAUCGGUCGUUCAGCACCGACGGCCUCUCCACCCCCGGCAGCGAUGAAGAGGAUGAGGAUGAUGACGAAGAUGAGGAAGACGACGAGGAAGAGGAGGAAGACAGCGAUGAUAACUACCUGGAACGGCGGGACAGUAAGCGGAGGAGCAUGGUGGAGGCCACAUCCUGCGAGAAGCACGCGGGCGGACUCAGCGUGCAGAAUUCACUACGCAGACGCACGCACAGCGAGGGCAGCCUGCUGCAGGACCCCCGCACCACCUGCUUCACAUCAGACAACGCCAUCAACUGUAUGGAUGCGUCAGGUACGCUUCCAUCACCCAAAACCCUGAAGAAAGAGCUGAUAAAGAACGGAGGGUCCAUGCAUCAGCUGUAUAUGCUGUUCUCUGGACGAAAACUGAGCGGCGCCUCGGAGUGCAGUUGCAGCGUGAGUCCUGACGGAGCCAAGAAGAAGAAAUCCAAAAACCUGGCCAAAGAUAUGAAGAACCGACUCGCUUUCCUGAGGAGGAGAAAUGAGUCGCCCGGAAGCAGCCCGUCCGGCAAACUCGACAAAACCAUGAAGUCUGCCAAGCCCACUCCAGAAGAAGCCAUCAAAUGGGGAGAAUCCUUAGACAAGCUGCUCGGCCAUAAAUAUGGGCUGGCGGCGUUCAGAGCUUUCCUGCGCACGGAGUUCAGUGAAGAGAAUCUGGAAUUCUGGCUGGCCUGCGAGGAUUACAAGAAAAUUAAAUCGCAGUCCAAGAUGGCAUCCAAAGCCAAGAAAAUCUUUGCGGAGUACAUCGCCAUCCAGUCCUGUAAAGAGGUAAACUUGGAUUCGUACACGAGAGAGCACACUAAAGAAAACCUGCAGAGCAUCAAUCGUUCAUGUUUCGACCUGGCCCAGAGGAGGAUAUACGGCCUGAUGGAGAAAGACUCGUACCCUCGGUUUCUGCGCUCAGAACUCUACGUAGACUUAGUGAACCAAAAGAAGGCCAGCAGCACAUCGACCUCAUCCUCCUCAUAAGACGGCGGAGAGAAAGAGAGACUAGCAUCUUAAAGAUUUCUUCACUUAGCGUUAUGUUCUCAUCAGCCGCUCUGUCCAUCAGAAAGGCAAGAAAGGUCAGCGGUGGAGAAAUCCGCAGGGCGGUGUUUACAGACGGAGUGACCCGAACUAAAGGCGCUGGGCGACGGGGGUCACCACAAAGCUCAUUUGCGUUGCAUUUAUUUCCUCAUGUACUGGAGAACGGAGGAGGUUAUCGUCUCCUUUAAUACAAAGACAGUCGGGUACUGUUCUGCUUCUUCAUCCGAUCCCGUCAAUAUGGGCAAAAAUCCUUGAGGUUGGACGUACGUACGGUGCGUGAGGAAUGUUCUCUUCAACAUCAUCUCUCACUACGAUCAUGCACUUGUCGCUCAUGUCUGUUUAUCCCAAAACAUCAUAAUUUAUGAAUGAAUGCUCUAUAGGAAUGGACCAAACCACAACAGAAGACUAGCACGUCACGCUCUGAGC